AUGGGAUUGAUUUUCAAGAGGGGCAUAGGUCUAAUACCUUCGCCGUCUUGGAUUAAGCCAUGCUUAGUAAUGUUGAUCAUUGUCACAGCUGGCUGUGUCUAUCUGGCUAUGGAUCUAGUGCCAAUAUACAUGCGUGAAGUUCGCCUUAAUUGGAACUUAGAAAAGAUGAGUAAUUUGGGAUUUCCCAUCAAUGAGUCACGUGGUUUUUCCGAGGAUUAUCUCAACACUUCAGCUAGUCAUAGCACUGCAUUGGACAGACCCCUACCUGACACGAGAGAUAAACUUUGUAGGACUUUUUCUCAAAGAAUGGGGGUGUCUUUCCAAAGCGUUAGCAUAAUCAUGCCCUUUUACAACGAGGUCUGGUCGAUGUUGAUCCGAUCACUCUACAGUAUUCUAAAAAGAACACCAAGUCAUCUUCUCAAGGAAAUUAUUCUCGUGGAUGACUUCAGCUCAAGGGACUACCUAAAGCGUCCAUUGGAUAAUUUCGCCAAAGAUUUCCCGAAGAUCAAAAUAAUCCGACAAAAGUCACGUGGUGGACUUAUGGUUGCACGGAUGACUGGCGCUAGAGCAGCAACCGGUGGUGUACUAGUGUUUCUAGAUGCUCACAUUGAGUGUUUGGACUAUUGGUUGGUACCAUUGCUUGAUUCACUGACGCGCAUGCCCACAAGUAUAGCUGUACCAACAGCAGACGAUAUUGAUCCAAAGACCAUCAAAUAUAGGACGUGGAGUUCUACCGUUCACGGUGGCUUCGAUUGGAAACUAGAAUACGUGUGGAAAUUUUUACCAGAACAUGAAACAAAGAGAAGAACUUCAAGCAUUGACCCUAUCAGAAGUCCAACAUUGAUUGGGUUCGCUUUUGCAGUUUCUCGGAGCUAUUUCUUCUCUUUUGGGGGUUUCGAUGAAGGCAUGCGUAUUUGGGGAGGUGAAAAUCUCGAAAUAUCCUUCCGGGCUUGGAUGUGUGGAGAAGGGGUGUAUAUAAUUCCAUGUUCAAGAAUAGCACAUGUUUUCCGUUCAUAUUUACCAUAUUCCUUCCCAGAUAAACACGGAAAAGAAAAUGGUGGCAAUAUAAUUCAGAAAAAUCUCCAAAGGGCGGCUGAAGUUUGGAUGGGUGAAUAUAGACCUCAUUUCUAUGCUGCUAUUGGGAAGUAUGUUCCCCUCUCAAAGGAAGAAAAUAAGACAUUGCAACAAAGGAUCCAACUGAAGCAAACCCUAAAAUGCAAAGACUUCAAAUGGUACCUCAAUAAGGUUAUACCAGAAAUGAUAAUUCCAGCAAACCAAUCGAUUUAUUUUGGCCAACUAAAAAACUUUGGAACUGGUGCUUGCAUGACCUUCGUUCCUGACAAAGACAAAAUGCAAAUGCAAGAUUGUCAAGUGUAUGCGAAUCAGUUAUUUUCUUUGACCAAAACCGGUAAUUUGAUACUGAAUGAGAAAUGCCUAACAGUUUACCAGCGACCAAAUGACACAACACCUUACGUGAAAGUCACCCAGUGUAUAACUACAACACAGGGUAUACCAAAGAACCAAACAUGGGUGUUUAACACAACUGUACCCAACACUAUGCCAAUUGACAAUCGAUCCAAAGGUCUCAUUGGACGCUUUAUGCAGCAGUUCUCCAAUAACAUCAUCGGGUGUAUGUGCCAUAUCACAGACCAUGACAAAGCCCAAGUGGUGGAUUUUGAACCAUGCAAAAAAUUUCAAACUUCGUAUAAAUAUCAAUAUUGGGUGUUUUCUCACAAAAUGAAUUAUGCAAUUUGGAAUGAAAGAAACAAAAAUCACCAAUCGGGUUUUGAAUAGUCAAACUUAUUCCAUAACUAUUCUAACUGCUCUAAUUACUGUUUUUAAUAAUGGGAAGCAAUGUUAUUAUUAAUAAUGGGAAGCAAUGUUAUUAAUUGACGUAAACAUUUCCCAAGGCAAUAAAUUAAUUUGAAAAAGUCAUUUAUAAUAUAAUAUGUAGUUUUAGAUAUUAAUUAUUUUUCAUGAAAUAUAUUCUCACACAAUGAUUUGCGUGUUGUUUCAA